AUGAACAAAUUUCAUUUGCAGGAGGAAAUGUCCAACGUCACUGAAAAUGGACCCAAAAUAGAAACUGGGGCCCUUUAUUGCGAAAAUGUGCUUGGAUCACAUCAUAGCAUAUUUCUCGCGACAUUAAACUUCAUUCUUUCCAUCACAGCAUCUCUGGGAAAUGUCGUGAUUCUCAUUGCCCUUCAAAAGAGGUCCUCUCUUCAUCCGCCAUCAAAGCUAAUGUUUCGUUGUCUUGCCAUCACUGAUCUCUGCGUUGGCCUUAUCACUCAGCCAAUGUUUGCCGCUGAAUUGAUUGUUGAAGUAAGCGAACUGCGAAAAAUUUGCAACUACAUUGGAACAGUGGUAGGCAUUUCAGGCAUGGUUUUCAGUGGAGUUUCGUUGAUGACAUUGACUGCAAUAAGUGUGGACAGACUUCUUGCUAUAUCCCUCAGCGUGCGAUACAGACAGGUUGUUAAGCUGAGACGAGUUGGUGGAAUCUUGGGCCUUUUUUGGCUUCUUUGUGCAAGCGUCCGUCUGAUGAUGCAACUUACGGGCCUUCGCUUUUUUUCAGACUUAACAUCAGCAAUAAUCUUGCUAUGCUUGAUCAUCUCAGUCUACUGCUACACGAGGAUCUAUCGUCGCCUUCGAAUCCAUCAGACCCGAACAGAAAAUAAUGAUAUUGACGUCGGACAACGAAACAGGGAAGGAAUUCCAACAUGGAACAUAGAAAAAUACCAAAAAACUGUUUCAGCAGCAAUGUGGAUCCAAAUAACGUUAGUUUUAUGUUUUCUUCCAUUUGCGUUGUUAUCUUUCGAAGCUCUUUUCCCAUAUAGUGCCGUAUCUCAUGUUAUUGUUAUAAGAUAUACAGGGUCUCUUGCGCUCUUAAAUUCAAGUUUGAACCCGUUCCUCUACUGCUGGAAGAUGACAGAAAUGAGACAAGCGGUGAAGGACAUAGUCAAUAAGUAUCGUUGUCAUUGUAAGUCUGUUUAAGCGAGCUUAAAACGAUAUUCACAGGAAUUAAAUAGCCAUUUCCAAAGACUCAGAUAUAAGAACAUAAUUCAAGUUCUUAAUCUUUACUAAACAAGUAAAGGAACUUUUCCUGAUAAAAAAGUCUCAAUAGCAAUACUACGGUAGUAGUCUACGGGGCAUUAUGGGUAGGCCUUUGUAGAUUGUUCUUGUAAA